CCGAGCUUAUGCUAGCUGUAAGCUAACUAGCCCCAAUCAGGGCGGUUUGGGGUUUGACCCGAAAGUCUUGUAUCUGUUAGCUCGUGCAUGUCAGCGAAUGCUAGUGUUCGGCUCUAGUUGCAUGUGCAGUGUAGUGUUUUUGUUUUCCAGGUCGAGUAACCUAUGCUCAAAUAUCUAAUGGCUGCACCUUGAGCUAAUGUAGCCAAGUUAGCUUGUCAUGUGUGUGCAGGUUAGUACCUAUGGAAUAUUGCUAGCUAGCUAGGUAGCCUAAGUUGGCCGGGCCUGCACAGUGUUUCUGCAGUUCGGUGUUUUUGUUUUAACGCUUUCUUUGCUUCAGACCCACUGCAACUCGUGUGCUGUGGUCUUGUAGCUGAAAAUAGUGGCUUCUGUCUUGCGAACACUAUAAACACAGAUGAUCGCUGCUGCACCACAUCUCGUUAUAGUUUCCAAAUUUAUGUUUAGGGUUUGCCUUGGCGCUGUGUAACCUCGUUUGUUUUUUUACCCAGUCCUCAAGUUUGUAUUUCAGUAUUGUUCCACAAUCUGAAUCAGACUUUGUAAAAAAGAUCCGUGUUUAAUAUUCCCAUGUAAUCUUCCCCCCCCUUUCAGAAUAGAGGAUUCACAGUUGUAAACAUCAGUGGACUCUGUCUCCUGUCAUGUAUGACAGCGUGUGUGUGCGUGUGUGCUGUGUGUGUGUGUGUGUUGUGAGGAGACUAAAGAAACAUGGAGUGGGAGAUGAUAAUCCUGCCUCUCUUCUAUGAGACCUCAGACCAAAACAUUAGUUACUGCUCUAUGACCAGAUUAUGAGUUUGAGGGCCAAAUACCUACAGAGGCUUGGGGCACCCCUGCAGUGCACCACACAGUGAGCUGGUUAGGUCUUAUGAGUUAGGACCGGGUCAGGAAUGUGAACCCUCACACGGUCCGCUACAAGCUGCAAAAGGGAAAGCUCAUUAAAGUCUAGACUUUAGAGGGAGCGUGGAUUCAAGGAGCACUGAUGCAUAAUAAGAAGUAAAAGUGACACAAUUUGGCUGCUUCGGACUUGUCUCAUCUGCUUGACUGUCAGAGCUCAGCCCAAGCACUUGUGAACACUCGUGCCAUGUAGUGCUGUGAGGCUUCCCAUCCUGUGUCAUUCAACUCUUAAGCCUCAGUCGAAACUUCUCGGUAUAUGAGGCUUUGUGGCUUACGCGAUUUCAAAUGAGGUUCGGCUUCUCGUAAUGUCCCAGAAGCAUUGUCAAGAAAGGCUUUGAAUUGGUUGUUAUCUAUAAAACUUUUAUAUUUUUUGGCAAGUUUUGCUGAACAUUAAUGCUUUGGAUCACUGAAUAUGGCUGUCAAAGAGACAUUCAGGGCAAAGUUUGGCAAAUCAAUGUGAAAAGCAGAUUGAGUCAGCUAAUUACCAGUGAUAUGGAGAUAUUGAGCACUCUACUUGAUUCCCCACAUCAAAGGGUUGCGUUAUGAGUGAAUCUCUGAAAUGACUCAUUGAUAACAGAAAGCGAGGCAAAGGAUUUUUUUCAAUAUUGGUAACAUAACACGCUCUUUGUUUAUUUGCACGUUUGCAAUUUUCAGCUGUGAAUAUAGCACUUUUGAAUUAGUUACAUUUUUUAAUUGUAAAAUUAUUUACAUUCUAAAAGUUAGCUGUCGUAUUAAAUAAGAGCUAGUUGCAUUUAAGUCAAGUUCAGGCAGUGGUUUAUCAUGGAAUUUGUAUUCCUCGGUCAUCCAGAGGCAGGAUAAUCUAUCAGGCUUUGUGUCUUAGACAGCCAUGUGAGUUGAGACGCUCUGGUAGUGCAGAGCGGGCCCUCCCCCUGUGGUCUUAAUGCUCUCUCGAGCUGCUGUCCAAUUCUCAGAAAGGAUCAGAGUCGGCGUGCACAGGAAGACAGGUAAUGGACUGUAAAUGGAUCUUCAAGCAAGACACAAAGGUCCUUAUAGCCGUUCCAUGUCUGGCUUUCAGCUUGUCUUUACCUGCUCUGCAAUUUGAAGACACUGGUACCAAGCAGAACUGCAGUCCUCACAGACACUGAAUCUGGACCCAGUCUACAUCCCGCAUAACUGCCAAGGAAUUUAACUUCAAAUGUUUGGCAUCAGAGACACUGAGGCUUUGAUUUUGCUGUCAGAUUUUUUUAAGCGUACAAAACAAAGCUUGGAACAGAUUGUAUGUCUUUCCAACAGCGUUCCCUACCUUGGAAGGCAUGGAUGCUCUCUUUGAAUCGGGUUGACUGUCUCUCACCUCAUCCCCUCCUUCCUGUCUCCUUAGCAGAAGGAAGGUGGGGGAUUGGUGCGGCGUCCCCUGCCUCUCCUUAUAGAAUACGCUAGUCUAACAAGGCACCAUAGCAGUAAUUUACCCCAAUUUCUAUCACUCUUCAUGAAAUCCUGCCAGAGCCUCAAGGAAGAGGUUUCCGUCCCUAGCCUUGGCGGGAUGUCACAGGAGGAAGGACGCAGGGCGCAAGUGUCCCAGUCCUAUUUUCACUCCCCUAACCCAGAUCUGGACCUAACGGGCAAGCUGUACAAGAGAGAGGUUGGUGGCAAGCCUUAUUCUGUGUUAGUGGACAAUAAAAUGGCGGCAAAGUCAUCCAUUGGAGAUCAGAACAUUGGUCACUUGCCCACACAACAUGUGACCCCUCAGCAUCAUCAGCAGUAUUUCAGGGAGGGAGGAGCAGCGCAGGAAGCAGAGAUACAGGCUGGCAACAACGGCACGUCUGACGACACUGAAGAUGACGACGACGAUGAGGCAGAAGAGGGGGAGGAUGAGGACGGGGAAGAGGAGGCCUUUAAACGUGAGCAGAUCAUUGUUGAGGUUAACUUGAACAACCAGACCCUUCAUGUUUCCAAGGGUGACAACAAAGCUGGAACCACACCAGAUAACUCUGAGAGAGCUGGCAGUGAUGACGAUGACGAUGAGGAGGAGGAAGACGAGGAGGAGGAAGACGAUGAAAGCCCUGAUGAAGACGAGGAGGACGAAGAGGAGGAUGAGAUAGAAAGCCGGAGAACAAGGUCAAAGAGGGCCCGUCGGGAUGCCAGUAGCUCAGCAGCUCCCAGCAAGCCACAGAGGAAAAGCCUCAGAACAGCUUUGAGCACCGCCACUGGUGGAAUGACCACCAGGGGGCGUCGGAAGCGCAUGGAGCCUUCGAAGGGCAUGCGCAGGUCGGCCAGGUCAGCCCCAUCAUCUGCAGGUUCCACAACCACAACAACCGGAGGGAAAGCAGAGGGGGAGGAGAAGGAGAUGCUGGCGUGUGAAAAGUGCCCUCGUGUGUUCAAUACGCGCUGGUACUUGGAGAAACACAUGAACGUCACGCACAGGCGAAUGCAGAUUUGUGACAAGUGUGGCAAAAAGUUUGUGCUGGAGAGUGAGCUGGCCUUACAUCAGCAGACUGACUGCGAGAAGAACAUCCAGUGUGUCUCCUGCAACAAGUCUUUUAAGAAGCUGUGGUCACUGCAUGAGCACAUUAAGAUCGUACACGGUUAUGCAGAGAAGAAAUUCUCAUGUGAAAUCUGUGAGAAGAAGUUCUACACUAUGGCUCAUGUCCGUAAGCACAUGGUUGCUCACACGAAGGACAUGCCCUUCACCUGUGAGACAUGUGGGAAAUCGUUUAAACGCAGCAUGUCCUUAAAAGUUCACUCACUCCAGCAUUCUGGAGAGAAACCCUUCCGUUGUGAGAACUGUGACGAGCGGUUCCAGUACAAGUACCAGCUGCGCUCCCACAUGAGCAUUCACAUCGGACACAAGCAGUUCAUGUGCCAGUGGUGUGGCAAGGACUUUAACAUGAAACAGUAUUUUGAUGAGCACAUGAAAACCCACACAGGAGAGAAGCCUUUCAUUUGUGAGAUCUGUGGAAAGAGCUUCACCAGUCGGCCCAACAUGAAGCGUCACCGCCGCACCCACACAGGGGAGAAGCCCUAUCCCUGCGAGGUGUGCGGCCAGCGCUUCCGCUUCUCCAACAUGCUAAAAGCACACAAAGAGAAGUGUUUCCGGGUCACCAGCCCUGUGGUUCUGCAGACCAGCGGCCCGCCCUUGCCUGUCCGCAUCUUCAGCAACACCUUCUCCUCCUCUUCCUCCACCUCUGGCCCUGGCCCAUCAGCUGCCAGCUCGGCUACCCCCUCAGCUCCCCUGGGCCUCAGCCCGACGGGAGGGCCCAUGCCUCUGCGAGGCCCUGUGGGACACACAUUCUCCCAUGUGCAGCUUCACUCAACCCCUUCUCACCAUCUGCCCCCAACAACCCCGCAACAUCUCUCAAACACACCCCAACACGCCCCACCUCACCCCCACCACCACCUGGCCGUGCCCCCAGUCUCCCACCUUCCCCCACCCCCUGCCCUAUUUAAGAGUGAGCCCCUAAACCACUGUGGGCAUGAAGACAGCAGCUACCUGCACCACAUGGCUCAUCCAGACAAGGGUCCUGGGGCCCCACAGCACCACUGAACUGUGCUCCGGCACUGCGGGGCAACACCAGACCCCGCCUUGUUCCUCUUGUUUCAUAGUCCUGCCUCAGCCCCUCUGAUGCAAGGCUCUUAAUUUAAGGGUAUUCCUCUCAAAAAGAGUUAGAUAAGUUAAGCUAAACAUACUCACGUGAAAGAUCCAGACUUGUACAUCCUCAGUUCACGCAUUAUAUAAAGUAUUACCCCUACUUAAAAACCCUGGUCAACUGAUAAGAUUUUACAAACUUUUUUUGUUUUCUUGGAACAUUUUCUAAAGAAAUCUAACGAUUCCUGUGCGAGUUCUCUGCUUGUACAUUGAUGAGUGUAAAGUAUCUCCCUUUCAACAUAAGCUGCUGAUGGAAGUCAACAUAAGAAUUACCUGGGCUUCUUAAAUCUUCAAGAAUAAGUGUCAUUGAGCUCUCAUUUUAAUGUUGAUGACUUAUGGUUGCACAUUGGCUUUCUGUGCAGGUCUGCCCCACAGCAAUACUCAACCUGUCCUCCGAGUUGUACUGCAGAGGCUCGGGGCAUCACAUAAAUGUUAAGUGAAUAUUGUAACUGGUUCUACCUGAUUCCUUCUCUGCCCUAAGUCGGAGGCUGAGGCUUUCUGUACUUGGGCCACUGAAGUAGUGCGAGAUGCAGUAAGGGGGGGGGGGGGGGUGUUUGUAAAGGAAAUGGAAACAAAUGUUUUGUAAAUGCUCGGUUGAAUCUUGACAUAGUCUAAGAUUCAUGGCUAAAUGGUGCUUUCCAUUCCAGUACAUGAUAUAUUUCUUAAUUUUUCUCUUUCCAUUUGAUUUUCAGAAGUGUAAUAUUACACACAAUCGUGUGAUAUAGGUCAUGUCUUGCCAGCCUGGCUUUUCUUCAGCGGAUUUGAGGUUUGAACUAUUUUUGUUUAUGAAACUCAGUUUAUGCAGAACUUGCCCUCGGCACAUGCAGCCUCAAACUUACUCAAGCACACGCAAAAGACAUGAGGCCACAUGGUCACUGAUUUACUUACUGUGACCAGUGCAACCUCAGUCUUCAGUACUGCUGGUCAACAGAUGCGUUUAGAUAACAGAUGACUGUCAAAUACUGCCACUGUGAGGGGCCAGACAUGCGGCCCCAUCAGGAUCUACCCCAACUCCCUUCGCUGCUGACGAAAUGAUACGGGUUACCAUGUUAAAGGUCUUUGGACACACACACACACACACCGUAUACGCAACUGGGACCUUUCUCAUCACCGGUCUUAACAGACAAUUAUGCAUAUUCCUCUCAGCCUGUUUUCCACGGUUUGGUGUAGGGAGUUGUAAUGUAAAGGUUUGUUUUUCACUUUUCAUCAUCCUGACAUUCUUUGAGCCACACAGGCAAAGGUGUCGAAACCUGUUGAAUGUUGCCUACGCAGAAUGAUGGCUGAGGAGUCAUUUGUGUACUUUUUUUUUUUUGUUUCAUUUUCUCAGUUUUAAUCUAAUGGAGGGUUCUGUAGUCUAGAUAUACUGUCGUUAGCACAUGAUAGGAAACGUCAGGAUAAAAGGCAGUGGUUGUACAACCUUAAAUACUUGGAAUUCUUGUAUAGAUAAGCAUACAUUUGAACAAGUCAGUGCAAGAACUUACAUUUAUCAAUGUAAAAGCCAAUGGUGUGAAUGUUAUUUGUUAAAUAGAAGCUGGUUGGCGAGUAUUUAGGUUGCUUGUUUGCACCCGGCCUGGUGGUGUGUUGAGGAGGAAGAUUGCGGAGAGCGAGUGCUUAGGUAUGCAUGUGUUAUUCUCGACCAGCCUGUUCGUCUGUCUGUCUGUCUGGUUGUCCCCAGUGCUCCCGUACCAAAAGCUGCUUUCACACAGUGUGCCCCAAUGUAUUCGUAUUUGGGGAUACGUGAGAUGGACAAUAGCAGUGAAUUCAACAUCGUUCUGCCACUCUAACAGAAUUCAGCAUGAAGUGGUUAAGCUCAGUAGUUUAGGAUAUCCCUUUUUUUUUUUUUUUUUAGACCUGCAAUUAUCCUGCCAUUUCUGUGGGUCUUAAUACCGCUGCAUUAAUUGCUUAUCAUCCUUUCCCUCUUGGUUUCACUGCAGUGCUUCAGCAUUUUGCAGUAUGACUCUUUUGUCUUGUUAUUUUUUUUUAGCCUUUUCAUUAGUGUGUAUUCUCUGCACUUUACUGCUGCGUGGGUGAGGCGCAGGGAAGGGAGGGACUGACAAUGCAUUGUGUUAAAGAGUGCAGUUGUGGCUGCAUGGGAAAGGGUGGAGGUGAUAACUUCGAGUGGAUGUUUUUAGGCAAGGAAAGGAGGAGAAUCCCCGGGUGGGGUCGGUUGGUAUGGAAGGGACCAUCGCAAAACACAGGACAUUUCUUUUAGUAUGUGCUUACAUUCAAUUUCUUAUUUAAAAAACACACAAAAAUUUUUUUUUCACUCCAGUAUGGACAUUCACUCAAAGUAAAAGCAAUGUUCAUCCUGCUUUGGCAACUUUACUCUAGCCGCUCCGAGCUACACCUGAAAUACAUUCUACUUUAUGUCUGUUCAUGGAGCCUCUCUGUCACGUCCUGCUACGUCUUCAGUUUGACGAAGGAUUCUCCUCCUCCUUUCUUUGUUAUAUAGAAUGCACUUUCUACUAAAAUUCUUGGCUAGUUAAGAAAAAAAAUAACAUUGUAUAUUCUUUAAAGAUGUUUUAAAAAAAUCAAUAUACUUUUUCCCCUUUGUAUUUUUAACCACUUAAUGUAGCAUUGCGUAUUUUAUUAUUGUAUCUGGUACAAAAUGUGCAGCUUUAUAAUGUCCUGAUUUGUCUUUUUUGUAUGUUACCUGGAGAUGAGGAGAAGUGGAAAAAGUUGGGCCUUUUUUGAUAAUAUACAUUUAACUGACUGCUAACUUUGAGAAGUAAAAACGAGUAGCCAUGAUUAUCACA